GGGCACUGGGAAAAUUAAAGUUAUAAGUUAAAAGUCCAGUUUAAAACAUCAUUUGUAUUGGGUCUCAAACUUAUGAUAUAUUUAGAAUUCUCACAACAGCUCAUUCGCAUCCAUUUUUGCAGCAGAAGGAUUUAUGGAAAUUGAUAGUGCAAGAAAAGAUAAAAAGAGAUCUAAGACAACUAAGAAAUCAGAUACAACAGUAGUAGCCACAAGAAAUAAUGAAUAUAAUAGUGCAUUUCCUGAACUCAACAAGUCUAUGAUAACAAUGGAAGACCAGAUGAAACAUAUUAAUAAGAAGAUUUAUAAAAUACUCAACAGAAGAAAGGAUGAAUUUGAUCAUGCCAAAAGUCUAGAGCGUAGAAAGCAUUUAAACAAAGAGGCUUAUCAGUUACUCCAGAAUAACACUAGGCAGGAAGAAGUGAAGCUGAGAAAAUAAGUAUAAAACAUUAAUUAGUAACCAGCUCUGAGAGCUACAUAACUCGCCCAAAGAGGAGAAUAGAAUAAUUGAAGAGAAAAUGCAAAUGCUCAAAGAAAGAGCAUUACAAAGAGCUAUCCAAGUUAAUCUUGAGAUUAAAUAAAAACAGUGAUUGGACAAUGCCCAAACUUGUCCAAAAUGUGCUGAACAGGAAAGAAAGAAUCAAAGAAGAAAAACAAAAAGAGCUAGACCAGAUAAAAGCAGCUAAGGAUCUGAGACACCAGCUUGCUCACAGGAAUGUCCUCAGUAAUAUGGGGCAAUGGUUCACGAAAAAUCUAAGUGUAUUUACAAACAAAGGGAAGCUCAAAAGCAAGCAAAAAUCGAUAAAGGAGGAUAAGAUUGAAGAAGAGAUUCAGUAUGAGAAGAUUUAUUCUAAAAUGAUUCCAACAUUCAACAUGCCUGAUUACGCCAGAGAUAAGGAUAAAUAGCUUUCAAAGAGUUCAUCUUGGAAGAGCUUUCAUGAUAGACCAGGCUAUCUUUAGAGAACUAAAGAAGCAUGGCAAGAAUAAUUCAGUAAUUACCUCUCCAUCUAAUAGCUUGGCUCCUUUAAAAAGCAAGAAGAAUACAGCAAGAGAUGAUCUGGAAAAAGGAAAAUUUAAUCUCAGAGAUCUGCCUAAGUUAAGAAUGACAUGACUUGAGAAGUUAAAGGUUAAGGCACCAAAAUUAUUUGAAGAAGAAUAA